AUGACAACCGUGGUAACUCCGGAGCCACCGCCUUGUGUUUACGACCUCUUUUCGACACCCGCGAGCAUCGAUGAGGCCGUGGCAGCGAAUUCGAAGGACGAGCUCUACGCCCUGUGUGACGACCCGAUGGUCAGGCCGGUGAAGUUGAUAAACGAAAACCUCCACUUAGACAACAGCCAAGAUGUCCGUAAUUGCUUUAUCGAGAACUCUGGCUUUCUGGUCGUUGGCGUGAUUGGCCUCCAGGGGACUGGCAAGUCGUCGGUGGCGAAUUUGAUGGCCAACCGCUUGGUGGAGGGUCCGCCUUGUGACGGGCCGUUCCCCGUGCAAACCGUCGCAUCCCUGAUUGAGGGCUACCCGCGGACCACCGCGGGCGUGGAUAUGUACAUUACGCAGGAUCGCGUCAUCAUCCUCGACACACAGCCCCUCCGCUCCUGGGCUCUUACAGACCUCUACAUCCAACAGGAUCUGCGUAGUCGACACCAGCAGCAGCAGCAGCAGCUUGAAGAUGUCGGAGGUGGUCCCACAGGAUCGGGAAAGUGGUCUGUCGACGGCUACGCUGAAAUGUCCUCACUCCAGGAUGGACAAUGGCGCAAGUGGAUGAGGUGGCCGAGCAGGCGGAGGUUCGAAGUUUCGUCAACCAAUUGCAACGUAGGUCUCACCGACUACGCGGCAAGUCUGAUUCACGUCUACAAUGCGGCUCCCGCUGACGCCUUCCUGCACCCUCAGGUACACGACGUCCGCCUUGCAGCCUACAAGCGACUCCUGGCGAACGCCCUGUCCGCGCGCGCCCACCUCGCCUCCCUCGUGAACCUCGGCCCACGCAUCCUCCGUCGCCACAUGAAUUCGCGUCGUCAGCGCCCCCAAAGUCAACCCCGCGAGGGACCUUCCGUUGAAACUGAUCGAACGCUACAACUGGUGACGACAGCUGGGGAUCUAACCGAAGCCAAAUCGGAGCAGACUGCUCCGCCAACAACUCUGCAAUCCGAGACGUCAAUGCGUGCCACCGAAGCCGAAAUUGUCGCUGACUGUUGCAAAGAACUGGAGGAGGAGGCAGCGAAAGCGAGUGGGAAGACUAAAGGGCCUGUGGCAGCGUCCGCCACCACCAAACCCUCCGCCGUCGCCGUCGCCGCCGCCGCUGCGACCUCCAAGACGACGGUUGAGCGGUUUUUCGAGGACGAU